AUGGCGGAAAUGGAAAUUGUGACGUUGGUUCAACAAGUGCAUUCUCAACUGCAAUUGCCGUCUCUACGGAGGCUGGAUCUAAGUCACUCCAAAAGCCUAGAGAGAACACCAGAUUUCGAGGGGAUGUCAAAUUUGGAGUAUUUGAAUCUAGAGGGGUGUAGGAGUCUUGAAGAAGUUCACCAUUCCCUGAAGUAUUGCGGAAAACUCAUCCAGUUAAAUUUGUAUGAGUGUAGAAGACUUAAGAUGUUUCCAUCUGUUAAUGUGGAAUCUCUUGAAUCUCUGGAUCUACACAACUGCUUUAGUUUAGAGAAAUUUCCAGAAAUCCUCGGAAUAAUGAAGCCAUUAUCUAUCAUUCAUCUCGAACCUCCUCUUACAGAGCUAGAUUUGAGUUUUUUGAAAAACCUUGUACCUCUUCCAAGCAGCAUUGACAUGCUUAAAAGCUUGGUGAAGCUAACGCAAUCGGGUUGCUUUAAGUUUGAAAGCCUUUCAAAAGGGAUAAGAUAUUUAGAAAAAUUGGAGGAGCUUGAUGCCAGCAGCUAUACUCUAAUCUCACAACCUCCAUCUUUCAUUAUCCGGCUGAACAAGCUUAAAUCAUUGAGUUUUGCAAAACAAAAAACAGGAAGAGGUCUCGUAGAUGGGGUGUUCUUUGUUUUCCUUCACUUGAAUGAAUUGUUACAUCUGGAAAGCAUUUUUAAUUUGAAAUAUUCAAAUCGCAAGAGAAAUCAUUUUGAGGAUUUACCUCGAACCAUAGCCCAAGUUGGUUCUCUUCAAGACUUGAACUUAUCAGUGUGCAGGAGGUUUAACGAAUUUCUAAACCUUAACAUGGCUGAAGGGUUCUGCUCAUUGAAAAAUCUGAAUCUCAAUUACUGCAAUUUGGAAGUGUUGAAUCUCAGUGGAAAUAAUUUUGAGCAUUUGCCUCAAAGCAUAGCCCAGCUUGGUGCUCUUCGAUCCUUGAACUUAGCAGAUUGCAAGAGUCUUACACAGCUGCCAGAAUUUCCACAACAAUUAUAUACAAUAAAUGCAGAUUGGAGCAAUGAUUCAAUCUGUAAUUCGUUGUUUCAGAAUAUCUCAUCAUUGCAGCAUGACAUCUCUGCUUCAGAUUCCUUGUCACUAAGAGUGUUAUGGAGUCUGCCGCAGAAAAUCCCAAGUUGGUUUCACCAUCAGGGAAUGGCUCAUUUGAUUCCCUUCUGUGAUGAUGGGAUGUCGUCGAUGACCCAGGAAUUUGCCCUAUCCAGCCAUUCAGAAUAUAUUGGUAAAUAUGGUAUGCAUUUUUUGUUGGUAACUCUUGGUGGCUUAUGGGAUGCAAAUGGAAAAACACCAAAUGACUAUGGGUGCAUUCAGUUUUAUUCAGAAAUAAAUUAUUUUGGAGCAAAAAGUGAAUUUGGAGUUCGUUUGUUGUAUAAAGAUGACGUUGAGCUUUACACUGGAAUAAGGAAGAGCAGAUAUGAGGAGGUCACUGGUCAGUUGCUCCUCUUCUAA